CUCGGUCCCAGCCCGGUAUCUCGGCCCCAGCCCGGUAUCGGUAGUCUCGGUCCCAGCCCGGUAUCGGUAAUCUCGGUCCCAGCCCGGUAUCGGUAAUCUCGGUCCCGGCCCGGUAUCGGUAAUCUCGGUCCCAGCCCGGUAUCGGUUCUCUCGGUCCCAGCCCGGUAUCGGUAAUCUCGGUCCCAGCCCGGUAUCGAUUCUCUCGGUCCCAGCCCGGUAUCGGUAAUCUCGGUCCCAGCCCGGUAUCGGUAAUCUCGGUACCAGCCCGGUAUCGGUAAUCUCGGCCCCAGCCCGGUAUCUCGGCCCCAGCCCGGUAUCGGUUCUCUCGGUCCCAGCCCGGUAUCUCGGCCCCAGCCCGGUAUCGGUAAUCUCGGCACCAGCCCGGUAUCGGUAAUCUCGGCCCCAGCCCGGUAUCGGUAAUCUCGGUCCCAGCCCGGUAUCGGUAAUCUCGGCCCCAGCCCGGUAUCUCGGUCCCAGCCCGGUAUCGGUAAUCUCGGUCCCAGCCCGGUAUCGGUUCUCUCGGUCCCAGCCCGGUAUCGGUUCUCUCGGUCCCAGCCCGGUAUCUCGGCCCCAGCCCGGUAUCGGUAAUCUCGGUACCAGCCCGGUAUCGGUAAUCUCGGCCCCAGCCCGGUAUCGGUGUAAUGGAGGCGGACAAGCUGCCGGUUUCCCUGGAUCUGGUGUCCGGCUCCGGGCAGGGUCUGAGCUCCGAGCAGAGUGCGGCCCUGCACACCUCCCUCCUCCUCCUGCGGAGAGACAUGCAGCUAGCCCGGGUCUACCUGUGGGGCAAGAUCCAGGGGGUCCGGGGCGACUAUUACAUAGCCCAGGGCACCGAGCCAGGAGAGGAACUGCGAGCCAGGAGGACCUUCUACAGGUAAUAAUCAUCAUAUAUAAUAAUAAUAUAAUAAAUAUAUAAUAAUAUGAAAUAGCCCAGGGUACCGAGCCAGGAGGACCUUCUACAGGUAAUAAUCAUCAUCAUCAUCAUAUAUAAUAAUUAUAAUAAUAAUAAUAAUAACAAAUAAUAUAAUAUGACAUAGCCCAGGGCACCGAGCCAGGAAGACCUUCUACAGGUAAUAAUCAUCAUAAUAAAUAAUAUAAUAAUAAAUAAUAUAAUAUGACAUAGCCCAGGGCAAAGAACCAGGAGGACCUCCUACAGGUAAUAAUAAUCAGAAUAUAUAUUAAAUAAUAUAAUAUGACAUAGCCUGGGGCACCGAGCCAGGAGAGGAACUGCGAGCUCGGAGGACCUUCUACAGGUAAUAAUCAUCAGAAUAUAUAAUAAUAAAUAAUAGAAUAUAAUAUGACAUAGCCCAGGGCACAGAGUUAGGAGGACAUUGUACAGGUAAUAAUCAUAAUAUAUAAAUUAUAUUAAUAAAAUUGUCAUGGUUUUCCUUAGUUGGGAGUCCGGUAGGCAGAGAUUUGUGCUCACCCUUGCAGAUAUACACAGUGCAAGGUGAUAAGGUUAGAAACCACCAGAAAUGUGAAUCUGUGCACGGGGGCUUUGCAUGAAAGGUGUUUCCAAUAUGCGGUACAGACAAGGGCAAAUCCAGAAGAGUAGUCAGACACGGUUCCAAAAGUCAGGGCAUGCAGCGAACAGGCAAUAACGGAUAAUCCAAGAAGAAAGGGUCACAAGCCAAGCCAGUCUUAGGAAACGGGAUACAAUGAACUGACACUGCCCUCAGGGAGAGGCAGUGUUUUAUACCUACCUGGAGUAAUGAUCAAUCUGCCUCAGGUGGACUUUGAUAGACAGGUAGGAGCCACUGGUGAAGUCCAGCCCCCUAGUGCUGCAGACAAUGCUAGAAUACACAAGUUCUGAAGUGCCUCAGAGGCAAGACACGUGAGGACCACAGUUCAAAUCCCCUGUUGGGCACUUCUAGGGCAACCCCGCCUGGAUGUCAUGGUUCCGUGACAGUACCCCUCCUUUAAGAACGCCCUCUGGGCGUGAACAGGCUCUUCAUAGCACCUCAUCGUCAGUUUCACUAUCACUAAGAUACUCCUUGUAAUCGAAGUCUCCAGGGUGGCGUUCCUUAAAGCAUGGGGCUCUAUAGUACCAGUUUCUGGUACCACUGGAGAGAGGUCAAGGUUUUCGAUGAUUUAGGUGCAGGUGGUAAGUACCUAGAUUCCAGAAGGCAUAUCCUCUGAACUUUUUGCCUUAGGUACGUCACAAGCAGUAGAGUUCGCGGCUUUCAAUGCCUUUUCGAAUAUUUCCAGAUCUGAUAUGCGGACUUAGUACCAUUUGAGGCAUAGGUAUAAUUUGCAGACAGGAAGUGGUGAUGGUACCAGCUUUAACAGGAGUGUCUUCAGGAGAAGGUGCAGACUUCUUUGGAGCAGGAGAUGGAGAGUUUCUCAGGGAGGUCAAGAAUGGGCAGGAAUGACUGCUUCUUUGAAACUUUUUAGGCUGGCAUGCAGCUAACGCAAGACGAAGAAAGGUGGUAGCCAGAGAGCUGGAAGCUUAGAUGGGCGAACAGGGCAAUGAGAUAUGAAGUGACCCCUUUCUCCACAAUAAAAACAAAGGCCAUGGCUUCUCCUCCGGUCUCUUUCUUCAUGCGUCACUUUGAUCCGGACAAGUCCUAUUUCCCUAGGUUCCUCGAAGUCAAGAGGAACAUUAGAUACCUCUGGAGUCUUCCUAGGAACCGGAUCAUAAGGAGGCAACAAGGAGGUUUGACAUUGGUACUGGGUCUCCCUGUUUCUGGGAAUUUGGGAUCCUCUGGUACGUGGGACUGGCCUUUUUCGCAGUGGUUUUAAUACAGGUCUUGCACUGCGCUUCCAUCGCACUCAUGAAGGAUCCCCAACUGUCAGGGACAGGACUCUAAGCCUGCAACAUCUGAUGUGCCCAUGUUUUGAUCCGUCCAGACAGAAGGUUGAUGGCCGCUCGGACCAAGAUGAAGUCAGUGGCAUAUGUCUGAGGCAUUAAAGGACCACUAUAGUGCCCUGAGGGUGCCCCCACCCUCAGGGUCCCCCUCCUGCCGGGCCCUGGGGAGGGGAAAGGGGUUAAACUUACCUUUUUUCCAGCGCCGGGCAGGGAGCUCUCCUCCUCCUCUGAUCCUACUCUUCGGCUGAAUGCGCAUGCGCGGCAGGAGCUGCGCGCGCAUUCAGCCAGUCUCAUAGGAAAGCAUUUACAAUGCUUUCCUAUGGACGCUGGCGUCUUCUCACUGUGAUUUUCACAGUGAGAAGCACGCAAGCGCCUCUAGCGGCUGUCAAUGAGACAGCCACUAGAGGCUGGAUUAACCCAUUUAUAAACUAUAAAAAAAAGGGUUAAUCCUAGAGGGACCUGGCACCCAGACCACUUCAUUAAGCUGAAGUGGUCUGGGUGCCUAGAGUGGUCCUUUAAGGCAAAUAACAACUUGCAAUCCACCUUAAAGUACUGGAAGGAUGCACAGCAACCAUCAAAUCUCUCAGGCAUAACAACGAAUGGCUCAGAAUAAGCAGGUUCCGGGGCUAGGCGCACUGUGCCUUUAAAUAUCUGAACUUCUCGCUGCAGCUCCAAAACAGUCUGGGCUAGGCUGGAUACUUGCUUGGUAAGCAGUUUGAACAUUUCCAUGAUGGUCAGUUCGUUAUGUCACGGCUUACCUUAGUUGGGGUCCGGUAGGCAGAGAUUUGUGCUCACCCUUGCAGAUAUACACAGUGCAAGGUGGUAAGGUUAGAAACCACCAGAAAUGUGAAUCUGUGCACGGGGGCUUUGCAUGAAAGGUGUUUCCAAUACGCGGUACAGACAAGGGCAAAUCCAGAAGAGUAGUCAGACACGGUUCCAAAAGUCAGGGCAUGCAGCGAACAGGCAAUAACGGAUAAUCCAAGAAGAAAGGGUCAAGUCAGUCUUAGGAAACAGGGUACAAUGAACUGACACUGCGCUCAGGGAGAGGCAGUGUUUUAUACCUACCUGGAGUAAUGAUCAAUCUGCCUCAGGUGGACUUUGAUAGACAGGUAGGAGCCACUGGUGAAGUCCAGCCCACUAGUACUGCAGACAAUUCUAGAAUAAACAAGUUCUGAAGUGUCUCAGAGGCAAGAACGCAGGAACAGGACACAUGAGGACCACAGUUCAAAUCCCCUGUUGGGCACUUCUGGAGUGACCAUGUCUGGCCGUCUGGAUGCCACGGUGAGAAAUAUAAUAAGACAUAGCACAGGAGCCAGGAGAGGAACUGCAGGCCAGGAAAACCUUCUACAGGUAAUAAUCAUAAUAUAUAAUAAUACAUAGCACAGGAACCAGGAGAGGAGCUGCAGGCCAGGAGGAGCUUCUACAGGUAAUUAUAAUAAUAUAAUCUGACAUAGCUAGGAGGAUCUUCUAAAGGUAAUUUUAAUAAUAAUAUAAUAUGACAUAGCAGCAGGGGCGAGGAGAAGAACUACCUUCUACAGGUAAUUAUAUAAUAAUAAUGUUACAUAGCCAGUAAUGAUAUAAUACCUACUAAGUUCAAAUAUAUUUCCAUGGCAGCAAUACAGAUGGGUAUAGCUUCUCCCACUUCUAAAUUGGACCUCCAUCCCCUACCCCUCAGUCUUUUUUUUCCCUGUCCUCUUCAUUUGGAUGCAGGAUAUUUUGCACCUCUUUUUUUUUUUUUCUUCGGCUUACUUGUGUCUAUGGUACCCCUAGCCUCUUGGGAGUUCAGACACUCUCCCCAUGGAAGCCUCAGGACAAGGCGCCUCACCAAAACCAGAUUCCAUGGUUAAAGGGACACUAUAGUGUUUUUAACUCUAAAAACAGACCUUAUAGUGUUCCUUUAAUGUUGACAACGGAUGCCUGUCAGACCGGUUGGGGAGUGCAUCAGGGUUCACACCAUAUACAAGAUCUCUGGAGCCACAGAUUAAUUCACCAGUCCUCUAAUGUUACAAAGCUUCAAUCAGUUUUUUCAGGCCCUUCUCCACUUACCAUCUCUGAAACAUCUCUGGGCUAAAUUGAAAGUAGUCAACAUUUUGGUGGUGUCCAAUUUCAAUCACCAAGGGGAAACAAAAAGCAGGAGUCUGAGGAAGAUUAUUUCCCUCUGAUGCCUUGGGCAUAGAAGAAUAUAGAAGGUCUCAGGGCUGUGUAUCUCCCGAGCAAAGUAAAUAUUUUGGCAGAUUUCCUGAGCAGAGUGGCAUUAGUUCCAACAGAGCAGCCCCUGUUCUCUCUGGCAUUCCAAUCCAUAUUUUAGAAAUGGGCCUUCCUCAGGUAACAUCUUGGUACAACCAGGUGGCAAGAUUGUUUUUGUUUUAAAUAUUUUUUAUUGUUUUCACAAUAUAAGUGCAUAUUGCGAACUGGUUCGUAAUAAAGCCAGAGGUUGCCCACGCAGGGGCUUAAGCAGUAAGUUAUAGCAUUCAUUAAGGUGAACGGUCGCCUACGUAGAGGCUUAAAUGUUAGCACAUAAGAAUAAAUGCAGAUUAUCGCCUGCGCAGAGGCGUAGUGAUCAGAACAUAUAAACGUACUUGAACUUUGCAGGAAUACAUUUCUAAGCAUUACAGCAUAAAAAGUGACAACAUCCUAUAAUGCGUCUAUCUGAGGUAAACUGUAGCUGAUCAUGCAAUACAUGUAAUGAAGUAUAUAGGCAAACUAAUGCAGUGUUAAAAGAAAUAAACUAAGGUGUCUAUAUGUGAGCCUGUUCCUUAAGCGUCUUCUCAGAAUGAGUUAACACAUGAUAUAUGUGACUAGAUGAGCGCGGUCAUUUCUGUGUUAAGAUAUAAGCAUAUUAAUAUACAUCGUAUAAUACAACAUUCUGGCUAUUCAAGUAGGCAUUAAUAAGUGGCGUCAAGCUUUUGCCCGUGGGGGCACUACAACAUUACAUAUCCAUUCUGAAGCUGAUGUGUAUAAGUCACAUUGUAUAGUCUAGUGCUAGACUAUCAGUAAUUCCUCGCAAAAUUAUAACAGUAACUGAGCAAUCACAUAAUGUACGCAUAAUGAGGGCUAAGAUGUAUAACGUGCAUAUGUUUAACUUAUCCUGAUGUAAAGCCCAGUGCAGCUUUGUAGUAUUUUGACUAACAGCAAUGCCCAGAUUAUGUGCCCCUUAAACGUAUUUGUUAUCUAGUCACGUGAGCCGGAUAAUAAACAUCUUAGUUGCUAUAUGCAGGUGCAUGUGUCAUUUAGGCUAGACCCAUCAGGUUAAGGCUCAAAGGUACACCUCAUAACUUCUAGUAUAACCAUAUUAACUAUAACAGUGUAAGAGCAGAGCUGUUCGUAAUGUUAAUCCGAUAAGGGCCCACCAUGGCAUGGCCGUGGCGCGUCUCCCGGGGCGCCAAGUCUCCGUCAGUCUCCCCCCGCGAUAGUUCCAGCCCAGCACCUGAGUCCUCCACGAUGCUGUGGGCACUCGGGGGCAGAAAUUAUCCGCUAGACCCCCACACCUAGAAUCCGCGGGUCUCCCGUUCCCUGCACCUCCUCAGCACCGCCUCAGACCCAGUGAAGAUUGUGUCCCAUUGUCUCUCCUGGUGCCGGCCUCACACUUGGGACCGGUGCACGCCGCUCCCGGCUACCGGUCUGCCGGGGGGGCUGCGCAAACCCACCCCACAGGGCUCUCAGCUUCAGGGACACGGCUCUCUGGGGACCUCCCAGACCCAGAGGCCCGGACACUCACUUUUCCUGCAGGCUGGCCGGCAUCGCGUGGGGUCCCUCAGGGGCGCGGCGGCACCGGAGUCCACCCCUGCCUUCCAGGUCGUCUCCCCUCGGUAAGUUAUCUCCUUUAAUGACUCUGCACUCCUCUUUCAACGGUGCCUUUGAGGGGAAGCCAUUUCAGUAAUUUGGCUCAGCUGCGUCAGAUCCCCAACCUCCUGAGCUUCUGUGUCUUCUCUGUCCCUGCCAGGGUGCUUUCAUCACUAAAAGUAUUUCCCCUCAGUGUAGAUGUCCAGUACAGCUGGCUGGCCGUCUUUGCCAUUGCCAGUUUAGGCAGUCGGCAUAAUGUCCACGCGGGGGCUCCCGUCGUGGUUCCUGUCGCCGCCAUGUGGCCAGGAUAACCCCCACCGGCCGGGGGGGGGGAGACGGGGCCGUGCCCCGGGCCGAGGGUCUCCCCAUGCCGGGAAUGCUUGCCUUAUGACGGGCUGGCUCUAUGCUGCGCCAGUUUGCGGCAAUGGCGGCCGGUGCUCAGAGGCCGCGUGUAGGCCUGACCCAGUCCUCGCUGCCCGCUCGUCCCGCGGUCGACUUCAUGUAGGCACCGAUUGAAAGUCAGGGUUUUCUCCCUGUCAGGUGCGGCUGGUUUUACUUGUUUUGUGCGGCUUUUAAUUGUAUUGGUGCUGUUUCAUGCAUUUUGUUGCUGGAGCUCAUGUAGAUGGCGUCCAGUCGGCCCGGCCCCGCCCCCGCAAGAUUGUUUUUGCACUUCUUCGAUCCUUUGGCAAAAGGCAGGGAUGCUCUAUAAUGAGUGGAGAUUCAAUCUGGGGUACAUAUUCCAUCCAGUUCCUUUCAUAUUCCCUCUAUAAAAAGGGAUACUAUCGUCACCAAAUCAACUUUAUCUUAAUGAAGCAGUUUUGGUGUAUAGAUCAUGCCCCUGCAGUCUCACUGCUCAAUUCUCAGCCAUGUAGGAGUUAAAUCACUUUUAUUCCGUCCAAGCAGCACUAAUCCUAGCUUCAUUAAACUAAAGUUGUUUUGAUGCCUAUACUUUAUGUAGCGGAGCGCCCUGUACUGCGGCUCAGUACCUCUGCUUCCUAGCUGGAACAGGGGAAAACCUCAGCGCUUCUGCCCCAGUCGCUGUGGCUUGACCAAGUCAGGAACUGUACAAACUCUAUUAUCUCCCCGGUACAGAAAAGCAUACAAUUUAAAACACCCCAAAAAUACAUUUUAAUUACUUCAGAACCCCACGAAAGUAAUAUCACCGAAUGGCUUGGAUCUGAGCGCACACUUUUCAGAAAUAUCACUCAGAUCCCUUCAUUGGUUUCUUUCCCUUAGAGCUACUAAAUGAGCGCAGUGAGUGGGAAAGCAAAAAAAGAACAAGUGCCGAUAUGCAAGGUAGAGAGCCUUCUCCCACUGCGUCUCUCAUCUGGGGGAGGUGUCAUGUCAAGGGUACACUAUAGAAUAUUGCCAUUUAAUGUAAUUUGUGUAGUGCAUACUGGCUGCCUGGUAGAGGUAGUUUUGUCAAUUGCAAAAGGAGUUAAUUUGAUUGUAUGGGAGGUCAGAGCUUACAACCUAAAUUCCUCUUUGAAGCUGGUCCCGCAUAAGUGGCCUGGAAGUCUGGUUUCAGUAUAAACUAACUCUCUCAUUUGCCAUAUGUCUUGAUUUCCUCUUAGAUAAGGAGUCCUUUGAUAUGAACAAGCUUUGUGUUCCAAUAUCAUUUCCAGAAGAGACAUUAAUACCUACCCACUGAUUAAUACUCAAGCCUCAUCUUUAUCACAUCUAGAAUGGGACAAGCACAAUCUUCCAAUCAAGCCCAAACAUGAUUUGCAAAUAAGGGGACCCCACAAACAAUACAUUAUUAAACAGCCCUGACCUGAGCGCCCAAGUUCUGCAAAUCGCGCUCAUAUCCAUACAGUGUAGUUAGGUCCUGUAUCCGGCUACAUAUAUAAUAACUCCCAAACAGUGUCCAUGGCAUACGUCCGUGGGAAGGAGCGUUUGUCACACUUUAAUUCAGGAAGCAGAUUGUGAAUCAUUAGGGAAUGCAUUCCCGAGUGAUUCUUAAACUAUUUGUUAAUAUUUUACAGCCUUUUGAGGCUGGUUUGAAUGUACUUGAAGCUUGUUUGGAUCUUUUCAAAGGUGUUUUACCUAGUUACAAGGAAAAUAUGUGUAAUGGUACCUAUUUUUGUGUACUGACAAAGGACUGUCUGUGAAACUUAUUGUCAUUUGUAAUUUUGAUGGUAAAUAUUAUUUUGACUCCAGUGGAUAUGUCUUUCGUGGCGCCUGGGUGACCGGGUGGUCUGCCACAUCUGUAAAAUAAGAACAUUUGUCUUUGUGUCUUAUCUUACAGUUUGAAUUGCAUGGACUGGUGCCUCCUACCUCCGGCCACUGAGGACCUCAUUGCAGAGACCCAGGUGGUGCGUGGCAGAUUUAUAGGAGACCCAUCCCACGAGUAUGAACAUGUCACUCAGAGAAAGGUGGGGGAAGGCAAUGCAGAGUACAGCGAGGAAGUAACGGUAAGUAACAGGAGUUAUUUACUUUAUAUUGCAUCAUCUGGACUCAAGAACAGCAACUUUUACUCCAAUAACCACUUGGACAUAUAAUUAUUCAGCAAUAAUGUUAUUACAGGCCUAUUAGUAUCCUAGGAAACUUAUGGUAAAACAAUGGGGGCUUUGUGAAAUGUGUAGAUAGUAUAUUUAUCUAUGUGCAAUGUAUUCUUAAGAUGGUGAUGCUCCCCCUUUUUUUAUUAUUAUUAUUGGUAGUGCUUUGCAAUAUUAUGAAAGGAGGGAAAUUUAACAAUAAAUGAGACAAUUAUAACAUGAUACAGAAACAAUAGGUAGAUGAGGGUCCUGCUCAAACGAGCUUACAGCCUAGAGGAGGUGGAGUAUUAAAACACGAUAGGAAUGGCAGCAAAAUAACGUGGGAAAGUAGCAGAGCUGGAGGUGAGAGUGUAGUGUGGCUUUAUAGGAGAGAGCGAGAGACAGAUAUGUGACAUAGAAGUUACUCUGGGAAGCCAUGAGCAUUUCUGAACAGAUGCGUUUAACCCCUUAAGGACCAAACUUCUGGAAUAAAAGGGAAUCAUGACAUGUCACACAUGUCAUGUGUCCUUAAGGGGUUAAAGGGACUAUUUAAUUGAUUGAAGACUAGGGGAGAGUCUGAUGGGGUAAGCUUGAGCUAGCAGUAAGGGUGCGAGCAGCAGACAGGAGAAGGUCACCGGCAGAGCAGCGAGAAGGGGCGUACUUACAAAUCAGUGAAGAAUUGUAAGAGGGGCUAGAGUUGGUUAGAAAUUUAUAGGUAAGGGUUAGUAUUUCGAAUUAACUCCUAUAGAUUACAGGAAGCCAGUGUAAGAAUCGACAGAGGGGCGAGGUAUGGGAGGAGCAACAGGUGAGAAAGAUCAGCCCGUUGGAACACAUUAUUUAGAUGGAAAUGAUCCCCAAUACAGUGAGUGUGUGUCUUGCCAUUAAAAUCAAUUACUGACAUUUGUAUAAUCAGCAUAGUCACACAAUAUUACCAAAGUAGUCUGUAUGCCAUUUAAUGAGCAGAAUCUUCAAACAUGUCAUCCAAGCUCAUCCACAUAGCGCCACCUAGUGCUAAUAAGGCAGGGGUGUGGGCCUUAACUAGCUGUGCUUUGAUCCUAGUGCCAUGUUCUCUUUCCUAUCUUUUUUCCUGUUUUGACAUCCUAUUCAUACACAUUUCUUUAUAUAUUGUAAUAAUCUGUCUCCUUGGUUAUUCGUAUCUCGUUCUAGAACACAUUACAGUUUGGGUUCUUUGCAUCCUCCACUGAUAGUUCCACAUUCUCUGUAUUACUUCCUUCUCGCAUGGCUCACUAACCCGCUGCCUCUAUGGGUGCUCAGCCAUGGCUGACAUGACCUCUGAUAUGCCGCACUGUGAUGUCAUCCUACACUCUUGUAGAUCACCUGUGUCCGUUGUCAUGUGUACCUCCUCCACUUCCUAAUGACCAUCUAUUCUCACAGUCCCAACUAUCUUUUUAAUUAACUGCUUCCCUCCCACACUGAGCUCACUGUUGUUAAUUCUGCUGCGUUCUCUAAAAUAAUUAUUAAUAAUGUCUUCUCACUCUCCCAUUCGUAAACCCCGUUUCUCCAUGUAUCCUAAGCUAGUUUUAGUUCCCGGUUAAUGAAGAUGAGGUUUCUAUCAUCAUCGACCUCCUGCCUUUCUCUAUAUACGUGCAUCUAUCCAUGCAGGAGCCCCACUAUAAGUGUCCUGACAAGUAUAUCAUUUACUUUGCUUUAGUAGUGGGCAGGCAUGAUGUAGAUAUAAAUGGGGCGAAUGUUUCUCAGUAUUUUUGUGUGCAUCUGUGUAUUUCUUUAGACCCACAUAAAGGAAGAGUCCCGUCUGGUUGCUACAAUUGCAUUGAUAGACAAGGAGGCGGCUGUGGUGCCACGUGGAGCUUUCGUUAAGAACCCUCUCGGACAGGUCCAGAUCAAUUAUUGCUUCAGAGGUGAGAAAUCACAGUUUGUGUUGGCAUGAGGUUUCCCUCUCUAAGUAACUCUGGGUGGGCACCUUUUUAUUUCACUGUAGCCUGGGCUCUGGUGGUAAUAGCUCUCCAGUCCACCCUGCCUAACCUAGAUUUAAUUGACCUACCUGUAAGCUUGUGUCUCAAAAUGUUCAAAACGUAUGGCAUCAUCUGGCUUUUGCAAUUGAAAUAGCUCAACACAAUGAAAUCUUCAUGUGGUUUCCACAAAUUCAAAUUAUGACUUUUUAAGUCUCAAAAUUAUUGCCCUUCAUAGCAAGCAUCUUUACUACUUAGUAGAGCACCCUUCUGCCAUUAUGACAUGCUGCAAACCAGAUACAUAGCCAGACACCAGCUUCUGGCAGCGUUCCUGAGGAAUCUUAGCUCAUUGUUCAUGAGCAAUGGCCUCCAGUUCAGUAAUAGUUUUGGGUUUGCGUGCUGCAACUGCCUUCUUCAAAUGCCACCAGAGAUUUUCUAUGGCGUUCAAGUCAUGUGACUGUGUUGGCCACUGUAGAAUUUUCCAGGACUACUUCUGCAACCAAGUCUUGGUGGAAUUUGAGGUAUGCUUUGGAUCAUUGUCUUGUUGGAAGGUCCAAUGACACCCAAGUUUCAGCUUCCUCACAUACAACAUCACGUUUUCUCCUAGGAUUUCCUGAUACGUCAAUAAUUCCAUCUUGCCUUCCACAUGCGGCAGGUUUCCAGUGACAACGCAGCCCCAGAGUAUCACUGAGCCACCACCAUGCUUAACUGUAGGCAGUGUGUUCUUUUCAGCAUAUGCUUUAUUCUCCUUCCUCUAGACAUACCGGUAAUCCAUUGGGUGUAAAAGUUUUACAUUUUUGUUUCAUCGCUCCACAGAACAGAGUCCCAAAACUUCUGUGGCUUUUUUAUAUGUAUUUAUUUAUGUUUUGAGCAUAUUGAAGCAGACUUUUCUUGUGCUUUUGGGUCAGUAGAGGUGUAAGUCUUGAAAACCUUUUGCGUUUAAUACACGCCUUACUAUGUUCACUGAAAGUCUUGCUGCAGGUCUUUUGCAUUUACUCAAGGGUUUUAUACAACCUGCCUUCUCAGAAAUCUGGUUGCAGCCAUUGAUAGCUUCCUUUUUUAACAUAUCCAGGUAGUGUAACCACUGUUCCUUCAACUUUGAACUUGCAAACUAUGCUUCCAACGGUGUCUUUAGGAACAUUCAGUGUCUUCGCUAUCUUUCUGUAGCUUGUUCCUUGUCUGUGAAAGGUGGUUGUGACAGAUCUCCCUGUCCCUGGCUUUUAUAGCACUUUCGAUCCUGUUCGCCUGUUUGCUCGGUGGAAUACAUCCCCUAUCUAUUUCCACUUUGCCCCGUUCGAAUACUGACCAAUCUACUGAACGACCAACCACCCAGGUGCAGAGUGUGACAUGGUUGACCCCAUUAACCUAACUAACACCUCUGAAAACCGCAAGCAACUCAACAUUCUAAACGGUCGGCUGGGUGGUCGUCGUUCGUAUGUGCGAACAUGUGGCAGCGUCCAUCUUGGAACACGAACACAGCCAGUGGUGUUUGGUCAUCGAGUGUAUGGAACUAAAAUUGGCUACUUGACAGCGCGAACACCGCUAGGACUUCCAUACGCCAGUAUGUUGGGCACUAGUCAUCAGAACGAAACAGCAUUCGGUAAAAACAUUAGUCGAAUGACCAAUACUCUGAAAACGUAUUCCCGAACUCUGUUUUGUAUGUAAAACUGUGAGUUUAGUAUUCCCGAAAUAGACCGACCGCACAGCCUGAUUUCGUGGAACUAUUUUGGGCAGUCGCCUCAUGUGCGGUUGUUCAAAACUAUACCCCGGUGGCGCUUCAGCUACAUACGUGGGAUCAAAGUGAUUUCGACACAUGUUGGGCGCUCAAACUCAGGCUAUCCGGGGAUAUAAUAUUUGUAGGGAUAUCUUAAUAUUAAAGUUAUAGCUUUACGUAUUUUUAUUACGCUUGUCCUGGACUAGAGAGGUAAUGUAAUUAUGUGUGUGCUUAUGUUGCUGUCCCCUCUCAAGUCCAGUGGGAAAUGUCCCUGGAAUGUGUCACCAGAAAUCCCUUGCCUGGGGACUUACAUAAAAGGCCAGCUGUGUCUCCCAUUAAACCAGUUCCAGUUUUACACUCACACAGAGCCUCGUCUCGUGUUUGUAGGGAACAGCAACAAUAGCUAUUUCACUACGUUUUAGGAUCAUCGCUUCUAGGAUCAUUGCAGCUCUACUCAGAUUGGGAAAAAGAACAUCUCUGGCGGCGAAACCCCUCUUCCCAUCGGGGUGUUCGCCACAGAGGUGAUUUUCUUAACUUUGUAUUUCUUUUUUUUUUUUUAUAAUUCUUUAUUUUUCUUGUGCAUUAGAUUUUACAACAGAGAUACCUGUAGCACCACAACAGCGUUUACAGGCGUUUCAUUGGCAUACAUAGUCAUGGCAUGACUUAACCGCACAAAUUUUUUAAAGGAUAGAAAAACACAGGUUAGUAACACAUUUAGGUUUAUAAACAUUUUGUGUGUUGGCUAGCAAAGCCUGUCUAUUGAGGUGGGUCACAGUGCUUUAUUCAUACUACAAGCUAUGAUUCUAACCUGUACAAUAGCAAUUAGAGCCGUUUUAACUUUGCCUAACUGGCUCAGAGUAUUAUCUCGGGUGCUCGUACGUAUGGCAUUAAACCGACGGCUUAUUGUCGUCAACUGAGCAAGUAAUAUAUACAAACAUGAAAUAACAUGAAGUAGCAGGAGAUUAGGUCCACAGUUUAGUUAUGAACAAGCUACGCGUAAUGCAAAAUUCUCACACGUUAUGUAUUAGCAUAAGUAUUCGCUCGUUUCAAGAAUAUUAACCAGCUUAUUUGACCGAUUAACUGACAGUAAGUACCACUCAGGGGUAUACAAUAUUAGUGUGCGCCAUAGGUUAUAGGCUGGAUUUUGCGAAAGAAGACAAACGGGCACACAGAUUAUGGGUUAGUGUCGUUUGUCAGUGGGUUACCUCCUGUCUUGUUAUUGGUGGGAGUGAUGAGCAGAAGUAAAUACAAACUAGAUAUAAACAUAGUUUAAAUGCGCUCUAUAUAUGGCUAGUAGUAUGAAAAACCUCAGGUACUCAGUUCUCUUUAGGUAAGAAAGAGGUAGUCAGCAGGAACUUGGAACUUGGUAAGAUUGCAAGGUAUACUGAAACCACUGGGUCUGAUGGUAUAAUGUCAGCUAGCAUUCACCCAAGUCUCAGCAUAUUACGGCCGCUUCACAGUUCGGCAUGGAUGAGGUAUGGGCGUUGUGUCCUUGUAUGCUAUGCUUGGGGUUGUUUGGAUUGUCCAAGAGAGCUCAUUCAGCCGAUGCCCCUGCGUGGGGCCAGUGCCGCCGGGUCUGCCGGUGUUGCUGCUGGGUGCUGAUCCCGUGCGUCCCAGGAGUGUAGGCCGUGAGACUGGUCAGUGUCGUGAGGGUUUCCUCUGUGCUGGUUUAGAGUUGUUUGUGCCGCUGGGUGGAAGGUUGGACGGGUGGAUCGGCGGGUCCUACUUUGAGGCUUGGGGUCGUGAGCGCUGCUGUCUGAGGGCCCCGGUGCCGUUUCCCGCCGUGCUGAGCUUCGGUGUUUCUUCCGUCCAAAGGCUGCUCGUGAGUUAAAAGGUGGGUUACCCUGCAGAUGGCGCCGGGUUGCUGGGCGUAUCCACGCCUUUACUUCUCUCAUCGCUAGCUUGUAGGUUUGACUCUGGGUUUUGAACUUCGCCCAGAGAUAGGAGCUUAGCCGGGUCACAAACUCCAUUGUGUGCUUAGGUGGCGUAAUGGGUGUUCGCUUGGUAAUAGGUUGCUUCUGAGCCGCCAUCUUGGCUGGGCUCAGUUUGUCUCGUUUGACUUGUGGUUUAAUCGCUUGGUUAGGCGGUGAUGUGGGGGUAAUCGUCCCCAGCGAGGACCGGGAUGUGCCCCGCCGGUCCAGAGGGGGGGGGUAGCAGGGCUGUGGUAGACACUUGCUUUUGCUCUCGUCCUGCGCCGGGAGAUCGACCGCCUCCCCCAGGCCUCAGGCUUUGCUCUGGUGUAGGCCGCAUGGCCGACGGAGGUUUUUCCAUGGUGCACCGGUACCGGACUGGUAUCAUUCUGUUUGUCAUUUUGCUCUGGGUCUGUUCCCGGUCACUUUGUGCCUCCAGCGUAAUAUUGUUGCUCGGUUUCAGCUCACGUUUGCCAAUUGUUACAGGAGCUCCUAGGACAUGUGGCUGGCCAUCUUGGCUGUCAGGCCCCGCCCCCCUUAACUUUGUAUUUCUAACCGUAUUUCUAACAUGCAAUCAAACAUGGCAAUCAAGAAACCACUAGCCAUUUCAGGUAUUUUAAGUAUCCCAGCUCAAGCUCUGCUGCUGCAACUAAUGAUGUCCUUGAUUAAUUGCAUCGGGUUUGCUUCAGGCAACACUUGUUUUGUACAUUUGUGCUAUUCAGAGGGUUAAAUAUUUUUGAGACCUUAUAAGUUGCAUUUUCAGUUGAAUUUGUGAAAACCACUUGAAGCUUUCGUCGUGUUGCAAACAACUGAAAGUCUGUAAAUGUUGACAAUAAGUGGGGGUUGAAUAAUUUUGAUUACCAUGUAUAUCCUAUCAGGGCCAGACUGGCCCACCGGGAUAACGGGAAAUUUCCCAGUGGGCCGCGAUAUCUGGGGCCAGGCAGACAGUACAAAUCAUGAGGCUAAUGUCAUUGAAAUUAUUUUUACCUCGGACUGUGCCAGCCUGUCUCAGCCCGAGGGGAGUAAAGAGGGAGUUUCUAGGGGCUGGUGUGUCGCAAUUAGGCUGCUGUCUGUCAGUCUUCCUUCAAAAUUUAACUCCAUUUCGGUUGUAUGCCUGGCCGGCAAGCCUCGCAUCCUGAACAGAAGCUCUGCCUCUCACACACAAGCCCAACCCCCACAUGCACAUUGCUGACCUCUGGGAGGAACAGGUCACAAAAUGGCAACUUCACCUAUCAGUGCCAGGUAAGCUUCAGCCAUGACAGUGAUUGUGUUUGUGUUCCUGCUAGUGAGUGAACUUGUGUGUGUCAGUGGGGCUUGUCUGUUGGAAGCAUGUGUGUGUGUUACUGAGCAUGUGUCUGACAGUGAGCUUGUCUAUAGUAAGCUUGUUUUUGUCAGUUUUUCUUUACUAAAUUUGUUUGUGUACCAAUAAGCUUGUCCUUGUGUGUCAGUGAGAUUGUCUGUUAGUGAGCCUAUUUGUGUGCAUCAGUGAGUUUGUGUUUUUAUGUCAAUGAGCAUAUGUAUAUCAAUGAGAUUGUUUAUCUGUGCAUCUAUGAGCUUGUGUCAGUGAGUUUGUCUGUUUUUGAAUGUGGGUAUGCUACUGUAUAAUUAAAUAUUUUACUCUGAAAGGACCAAUAUUUUGAAUUAGAAAAAUAAAUAUACCAAUAAUAUGUAAGGCUAUGUCUUGCCACCCCAGAUUAUUAUUAUUAUUGGUAUUUAUAUAGCGCCAGCUUAUUCCGCAGCACUUUACAAUAAAAGAGGAAUUUACCAAAUGAGACAAUAACAAAAUGUAACAGGAACAAUGAGUAGUUCAGGACCCUACUCAAACGAGCUUACAGUCUAGAGGAGGUGGGGUAUAAAAACACAAUAGGAAGGGUAUUGAGAGAGACAGCAAAUAGAUAUAGUGGGAAAGUAGCAGAGCUGGAGCUCAGAGUGAAGUGUGGCCCUAUAGGAGAGAGCGAGAGGAAGGUUUGAGAGAUAAAAAUUACUCUUGGAGGACAUAAGCAAUUUUGAAAAGAUGGGUUUUGAGGGACUUGUUAAAAGGAUUGAAGACUAGGGGAGAAUCUGACAGGGGUAGGCAGGCUGUUCCAAAGGAAAGGAGCCGCCCAUGAGAAGUCUUGCAGGCAUGAAUUUGCAGUAAGGGUGCGAGCAGCAGACAGAAGGUCACCAGUAGAGCGGAGAGACCGAGAGGGGGCAUACCUAUGAAUCAGUGAAGAAAAGAGGGGCUAGAGUUGGUCAGAGCUUUAUAGGUAAGGGUUAGUAUUUUAAAUUGACACCUGUAGGAUACAGGAAGCCAGUGUAAGGAUUGGUAGAGGAGUGAGGUGUGAGAGGAGCGACAGGAGAGAAAGAUCUAAUCUUUAUUUAUAUUUUCCAAAAAUGUAUAAAUACAAUAGACACAAGUACAUAUAAAACAGAACACCUAAAAAAAAAAAUUAAUGUAUCCCUUGUUCCAUUUGACAUUGGUUUAUAAUUUGGAGUUUUAUAUCAGCUAUUUUUGGUGGAUGGUGAGAUUUCCAAUUUUUAGCUAUGUGUAAUUUUGUUGCUAAUAAAGUAUGGAUUAUUAGAUCUCGUUUAUCUUUUUCUAUUAUUUGCCAACCUAUGUGUAGGAUGCAGGAUGCAUGCGGAUGCAGGAGAGUACUCUAGUUUCUUUAAUGUCCACUUCUCUAUCCAUUUAAAUAUUAUCUGCCAGAACUUGCAUAUUUCAGGACAAGACCACCAUAUAUGUAUCAUAUCUGCACUCAUUUUACCACACCUCCAACACUUAGGAUCUAGCUGGAUAUAUUUUAGAUAAUUUCAAGGGAUUAUAAUACCACCUGUUCGCCAACUCGUAUUGUAUCUCUAUUAAAUUUAGACAAUGUAUGGCUUUUCUUGUUUGAGUUAGCAUUUUAGACCAUUCAAUAUUUUCUAUAUGUGGGCAAUGUUUAAGUUGGAAUCGACAUGUUUUAGAAACAGACUGGACAUGAGGCACAAAGGUGAGGCCAGGACAUCCUUUCAAGCUCGCCAAGACAGCGAGCUUGAAAGGAUGGGGUGAGACAGGUACCGUCAACCGGUCUCCGACUGAGACAGGACGAGGAGGUGCUGUUGGCAAAAGAGACACUGAAGGAGCGUUGGGAGAGACAGGGGAAAACCAUGAGAGGGCUGUGUCACAGAGACCAAGAUUGUAGAGUGAGGCCAUGAUCAACAGUGUCAAAGGCAGCAGAGAGGUCAAGAAGAAUUAAUAUGGAGUAGUGGCCUUUGGAUUUGGCUGUGAUUAGGUAAUUUAUAACUUAAAUAAGAGCAGUCUCGGUAGAGUGGAGGGGGUGAAAGCAAGAUUGAAGAGGAUCGAGGAGGGAGUUGGAAUUUAGGAAUUGAGUCAUACGAGUAAAGACAAGUCUUUCUAGAAGCUUUGAGGAAAAAGGGAGCAGGGAUAUGGGACCAUGGUUGGAAUGGCUUUUUUAGGAUGGGUACGACAGUAGCAUGCUUAACUCCUUAAGGACACAUGACGUGUGACAUGUCAUGAUUCCCUUUUAUUCCAGAAGUUUGGUCCUUAAGGGUUUAAGGGGAGCAAGGACAACGCCAGAUGAAAGAGCAGUACUUGGAAUGGGGCUGCAGCAUCUAGGGAAGAGGUGAGGGUAGCAUUAUAUGAGGAGAUAGCCAGAGAGGGACAAUAGAUGAUUGAGUAAUAUAUAAGCACGUACAAUAUUUAUUAUGUAUUUUUAUAUAUUACUCAAUCACCUGGGGUGGCAAGACAUAGCCUUUCAUAUUAUUGGUAUAUUUCUUUUUCCUAUUCAAAAUAUUGGUCCUUUUAGAGAGUGUGUGUGUGUAAUAUAUCUCACUGGCUUGCAGAGCAUCACCACCUUGCUCCAAUCUCACUGGCUUGCAGAGCAUCACCACCUAGCUCCAAUCUCACUGGCUUGCAGAGCAUCACCACCUAGCUCCAAUCUCACUGGCUUGCAGAGCAUCACCACUUAGCUCUAAUCUCACUGGUUUGCAGAGCAUCACCACCUAGCUUAAAUCACAUUGGCUUGCAGAGCAUCACCACCUAGCACCAGUCUUACUGGCUUGGAGAUCAUUACAUCAUUUGUUACUAUCUAUGAAAGAAUUUGAGAAUAUUAAUCUAUGCCUCUAUCCUGCUUCUUUUUAAUGCUUUUCUCUACUAUAGACAUUGACAAUAUUUGCCCACUGAUGUUCAGUACCAUCCCUAUUUCUUUGCUUUGUGCUAAUUCAAAAAAUAACCUGGUGUUUACUUCUAAUUCCCCCACUAGGCCUUACAGUGAGUGAAGCCAAAAAGCUCAGCUCUUUUUUCCACUUCACACCAACCCCGAAUCCGAAGAAGAGAUCUCUUCUGGAGAAGGCAGAUCUGAACCCAUCCUUAGAUUUCUUAGACUCGCUGGAACACGAUAUCCCCAAAGGUGAGAAGUGUGAGAUGUCCCGUACAUUGCCUAAACAUUGACCAUCCUAAGGGUCUUUAUCCAUAUCGUACAAUCAUACGCUUCUAUACUUGUCACAUCUAUUGCUAGAGACAAAGGUAAAAAACAUGAAGAACCAUCCUAAGGAUAUGUCAAUGAAGAGUACUUUCAUAACUGGCUCUAUUUAUUCAGAGCAGCUCUGGCCUUAUUCCUUCUACCCAAUGGUUUGCGACUGCAUGGGGGUCUGAAAACACUAAGUAUAUGAGCAGGAGAAUAAAAAAAUCUCACGGCAAUAGGCAGAGGAAAUGAGUGAGAUAGCAACUGAGUACAACUCACUACACUAUGCAGGGAAAUUAGUGAGAUAGCAACAGAGUGUGACUUACUACACUAUGCAGGGAAAUUAGUGAGAUAGCAACCGAGUGUGACUUACUACACUAUGCAGGGAAAUUAGUGAGAUAGCAACAGAGUGUGACUUACUACACUAUGCAGGGAAAUUAGUGAGAUAGCAACAGAGUGUGACUUACUACACUAUGCAGGGAAAUUAGUGAGAUAGCUGUGCCUGAGUGUGACUUACUACACUAUGCAGGGAAAUUAGUGAGAUAGCUGUGCCUGAGUGUGUCUUACUACACUAUGCAGGGAAAUGAGUGAGAUAGCUGUGCCUGAGUGUGUCUUACUACACUAUGCAGGGAAAUGAGUGAGAUAGCUGUGCCUGAGUAUGACUUACUACACUAUGCAGGGAAAUGAGUGAGAUAGCUGUGCCUGAGUGUGACUUACUACACUAUGCAGGGAAAUGAGUGAGAUAGCUGUGCCUGAGUGUGUCUUACUACACUAUGCAGGGAAAUGAGUGAGAUAGCUGUGCCUGAGUAUGACUUACUACACUAUGCAGGGAAAUGAGUGAGAUAGCUGUGCCUGAGUGUGUCUUACUACACUAUGCAGGGAAAUGAGUGAGAUAGCUGUGCCUGAGUAUGACUUACUACACUAUGCAGGGAAAUUUGUGAGAUAUCAACCGAGUGUGACUUACUACACUAUGCAGGGAAAUUUGUGAGAUAUCAACCGAGUGUGACUUACUACACUAUGCAGGGAAAUUAGUGAGAUAUCAACCGAGUGUGACUUACUACACUAUGCAGGGAAAUUAGUGAGAUAUCAACCGAGUGUGACUUACUACACUAUGCAGGGAAAUGAGUGAGAUAGCUGUGCCUGAGUAUGACUUACUACACUAUGCAGGGAAAUUAGUGAGAUAGCUGUGCCUGAGUGUGACUUACUACACUAUGCAGGGAAAUUAGUGAGAUAGCUGUGCCUGAGUGUGACUUACUACACUAUGCAGGGAAAUUAGUGAGAUAGCUGUGUUUGACUUACUGCACUAUGAAGGAGAGAGGAGUGGACUAGCUGGGUCUGAGUGUGACUAUGCAAACCUAGGAGAGAGGCUGCGUGAGAUGUAGAGGGGUCAAGGUGAUAUCACAUGGUGUUCAAGUGAAGAGGAGAAUGAGAAACAUUGAACAGUAUCCACUGAUCUGUCAUUUCUUUUCAGUUUUGGGUAUUUUUUCUAGAAAAGGUGGAAUGUCCUGGUUAAUCCCCACAGUUCCCGAUUAAUGAGGGUAAAACUUUUAGCUUCCCUCAUCCCAGAGUAUGGCGUGAGGCAAGAAUUGAAUGAAAGCCAUUCUAAACCAUCCCAGUGAGUAGUAAUCAGUAUGUUUUAGCAUCAAACUGAAGCGUAAGAAGCACUAUUUAACCCAUAAUGAUUAAAAUCUAAUUAAAGUUAUAUACAAUUAUAAUAACUAGUUUGUUGUUUGUCCUGGAGUGAUGUAUUGGCCUGGCUAUUGAAACGGCUAGAACUAGCUAUUUGAGAUAUGAGCAAUAACAUUUUAUCUAUUUUACAACUUUAAAAUUAACUGCUUUCUGCUGUUUUCUAAAACAACCUUCACAGCGAUUGAAUAAGGAGGCCAUCUGAUAGUACUCUGUAAAUGCUGUUCUGGAAAUGAUUUCUCAAAGUACACGUUUAAUGGGAAUACAGGACAUGCUGUCCUCAUCUAAGGAGAGUCUGUUUUACGAAAAUCUGUCUGAAAGCUGCCAUGGUUGGAUAUGAAAGUUGACUGUACUAGUGGGAAUAGUAGAGCAGGUUCUGAGUGAGACUUUCACGAUAUGCAAAGAGAGGAGUGAUACGGCAGAGUUAGGGAGAGACUGCACCAAACAGACAUAUUGGGGGAAAUCACAGGGUCAUGUCUGAUAUAUAUAUAUAUAUAUAUAUACAGGUUAAUGAACUGAGCCAGGAAUAACAGCCACUAUGGACAAAAGCUCAUGCAGUGUAACAAAAGCUCCUAUCAUGUUGCUGUCAACAGACAGACGCCAGUCGGCGCGUUUUGUGCUAUUGCAGCACUUUCUCAAGACCCUCAAAAAUUUGUAUCUGGCUAUGCAUAGAGAUACCCGCUGUCGAUCAGUAUAAACUGCCAACUCGGACAGACCUGGAAGGUAACACUCAAAGCCCGGUGCCAAAACAUUGGACAGCUGAUCCUUACACCUAAUCGGAUCGGUGUACUUUGCAUAUCAGUAGAGGCGCAACUGCUAAAUGUUUAUAUGAACAGAGAAAACCAAAGAAAAUCAACAUAUAUGAACAUAUACAUCAUACCGUACAGAAAUUGCGGUUUCAGUUUAUUACUAUUUCCGUUGGGGGACCACUUACCUGGCUGCAUGGAACACAGGUGAUGAAAAUUAGUUUAAAUGUAAGUAACUAAACUUGUCACAAGUCAGUGGAUUUGACAUGUGAAUGGCUGAGGUUGGGCCAAUCGUGACGUCAUAUUGAUCACAAUCCCACCAUCCUGACACUUUAACCAUUAUCUCAUUGCUGAACGAGGCUCUAGAAUUUAAGUUGAACACAAAUUUAGGUAAUUACAACUCUGCAAAAGAACCAUCAAUAAAGUCAACAAUGCAAAAGAAAGGACUUGUAAACAAUUAACCAGCACCCUGAGAUAUUUCUUACCAGCUUAUUUACUAAACUCAGAAUUUGUGCAAAUUAAACUCAAAAAGUUAUAACUCUGGCUGAAUAAAAUAAUUUUUAGAUAAAGUAUUUUUGCCUCACUUUUCCCAUUUGGAUUAAAUUUACAGAAUUAUAUUGAAUAAUCCAAUCAAUGUCCAGGACUAGGGAUGGGUCCCAAUCUUUCUCCUCGAAAUUUUGUGUCAAGACAAAUAGUCUUUUUGGACUAGUAGGUUCUUUUGUCUCUCUUGAGAAAGAAUAGAUGGGGAGAUAAAGGAGAGAACAGCUACAGUUUCUUUGGAUAGACAGAGAGAGUGUUGCGAUCAGUUAGUUUUUAUUGGACAGAGAAAUAAAGAGACAGAAUGCAAAAGAAGUGAUGGUGCGCAAUAAUGAAUAAAAAAAACUCACUGUGGGUGUCUUUAAAGGAUAAAACCUCUAUUCAAUAUAUAAUACAAUCAGCAAUUAGCAUCCGUGUCACAAACCUAGGUGCAUACUAGGUGUAUUACCAAUAAGUAAUAUUAUUAAUACACAUAGUAUGCACCUAGGUUUGUGACUCGAUUGCUGAUUGUAUUAUAUAUUGAAUAGAGGUUUUAUCCUUAAAGACACCCACAGUGAGGUUUUUAUUCAUUAUUGCGCACCAUCACUUCUUUUGUAUUACUGUAUCCAAGUUUCAUUACCAGGAUUUGUUUUUUGGUUGCUGCAUUUAUUAGAUCUACUGUAUUCUGCGCCACCCUAUUUAUAUAUUUUUAUAAAGAGACAGAAUGGCUGAUGAAGAGUCUCACUGCUGGAGGUCUCAGGAUUACAGAAACUUUCUUAUCCUAUCAGGAAAAAUGCUAAAAGUGAAGCAAUCAUCAUGAAGACAAAUGGUACAUUCCUGACGGCUCCAUCUUUAGAUCAUCCAGAAUGGCUCUUUCUAAAUCACUCUAUAUAACCUGUUCAUGAGAGACAUCAGAUAUCCCUAAUUCCAUUCCUAUUUUAAAGAUCUUCUGCUAUCAAGUUGCUGAAAUGUUGAUGAAACUUGGAAUAAUAGUUCUGGUCAAAGUGCCUGUAAACUCAACGCAGCCGUUCGUGUUAAAACAUCGCCAACCACUCCCGUCUGACGGGAAGGUUCCCACGAACUAGACAUAUUUCCGAGGUUUCCCUGCACCGCACCCUCAUACUCUCCCCCAAGUACUUUAUAAUCCACAGAGCUAGCCUUUGGCAGCUGGCAAAGAAAAUAAAAUAUUUUUCUGAUUGCAAAAUAAAUAAAGCACAGGGGAGAGUUUUGCACGUUUUCCCUACCCUAUAGUCUCUGUGAAUCUCAGAGCAUACAAAUUCACUAAACCCUUACAGCUGCUAAUGUUUAGGCUGAAUCAGGUGGAAGAUGAUAUUACCUGUUUGGCUCACUCUGGGUAUCAAUACAGAGGGAGUGGCUUAUUCAAUAACUGCCUACUCUCUAUUAAUUCUGCAAGGCAUGGAUAGUUUCCCAUGAUUCCCCGAGCAUGCAGGGAAUCUUGAGAAGAUGGCAGCUCUGAUCACUCAGAAAGGCAGUGGAGGCAAAUUAACCUAUAUUUACCCCCUGCUGUGUCCUUCACACCAAAGCAAAUUCUCACCAAUUCUUACAUCCUAAAAUGCUUAAUGUAUCCACUCUAUUGUGCUGAGUCCUCAUUCUGCGGACAACUUGUGUUACGAGACUUUUCUAAUAAUCUUCAGAUUAUACCAGUGGUUCCCAAACUUUAGGUUCAAGGCGCCCUUAAUAUUUCAAUAUUUUUCCAAGGCGCCCCAAAUUAAAAGAAUUUCCUAGGUUGUGUACAUGUACAGCGCAGCGGUAUAUACUGGGCCCCUGUUUGGCAGAAUUGUUUGCCAUUCAAGUGCAGGUCCAGAACCUUGGGAGUGGCACUGGCAGAUUAUUUAAAGAAACAAUCCAGGCACAAUAACCACUACAGCACUUUGUAGUGGUUAUGUUGCCAGUAGUGCUGUAGUUCCCUCCCAGAGUAACUAGUCAAACUGUUUAAGAACUGUUUGACAACUUACCUGGGAUCUGCUGAGAUAGGGGCUGUAGUAGGGGAUAGGGGCAGUAGUGUGUCUGAGGAGUGCAAUAAGAGUGUGUGUAUGUGAGACAGUUUGUGUGGAAGGGGUACAGUGUAUGGGAGGGCAGUGUGAGGGGUACAGUUUGUGUGUGAAUGGGGGGUAAUUGUGGGUCUGUGUGGGUAGGAAGGCAAAUAAAUAUAUAUAUAUAUAUAUUUAUUUAUUUUGAUUCCCCCCCCUCCCUGCUUACCUUUGCCUGGGAGGGGGGACAUUUCCUGCAGUCCCUGGUGGUCCGGUGGGGAAGCACUGGUGGUCCCAGUGGUGUGAGUGAACUCUAGCAGCUUCAGGAGCUGCUAGAUUUCACUCACGCGAUAUUCGGAGCAUUGCCAUGGCAACACUCCGAGCUCCCGAGAGGAGAACCCAGCGGAGCUGCAGGUUAGAGCAGCUGGAUGAAGAGUGGGCUCCUGGAGGACCCAGGUACGUUUACACAUUACUCUUGGUGGAUGCUAGUAUGCUACUGGCACUAUAACCACUACAGUGAGCUGUAAUUGUUACAGUGCUUGGAGUAAUCCUUUAAGGUUUAUAGUAAUUUGUCCAAUUACAUUUGGCCCACUAAAAUGGAGACACUUAAUAAAAGGGGCUCAAAAUUAUACACAAUCCAAGUUUAUAGAAGUAAAUACUCUGGAUAUAAUGUGUUAACAGGCAAUUUCCUUUAUUGACAGGUUCAUGGAGUCUGCAGUUUGAACAGGGAGGCAGCGUCCUGAUCCUGCGCAGCCUCCUUUGGCUUGGAAUGACUUUCUAUCACAUUCCUCUGACUUCUCAACAUGGCUACAUAUACAUCGGGAACGGAGAGAGGAACAUUGACCUGCCGUUCAUGAUUUCAACCGCUUAGUAUCUAAUGUUCCAUUUACCGAGCACAGAGCAGCCAUAGGAACUACAGGAAACAGACAGUAUCGCCACAUUUUGAACUUUGCUCGAGAACUGUUAUUUAUGAAUACAACAAUUGCUGUUCUUUGUUUUCCAAACAUUAAUAAAGCAAUUUCUGGUCACAUUUAAACAGAGAUACAGCGGUACUGAAUUUUAGAGUCUGGUAUUAGGAGGACCAAAAAAAUUCUAGUGAUUCUUAGUGUGACAAGGUAAUUUAUGAGAUUGAGAUUCUCCAAUGGGAUUGACAACACCAACACAAUUGUAUCAGAAAAAGACUAGUUUUAUUAUAGACUAAGAUUUAUUUAGAUGCCAUGUUUAUGGCAAAUUGGUUUAGAUUUUAGGUCUGAAACAUCAUUGGGAACAAAGCUAUGGAAUAUAUUACCUUCCCAUAUACUGACGAAGAACAAAUUGGUGUAGAUCUUUGGUCUGGACCUUCUUCGGGCACAAAGCUACAGAUUGUUAACGUCACAUAUACUGACAAAGAACAAAUUCAUGUCCUGCCCACCCAUCAAACUUUGAAAAGGAACGGUAAGCUAAUCUGUUCCCAUCUCAGUGCCUGCUGUACAUAUGUUUCUUCCCAUAACGAACAUUGUCCUUCAAGAUCGGAUGACCAACUGGCAUACGAACUUUACACCAUUUCAAUCCCUUCUUCAAGAUAGGCUUUGUAGAGGACACGGACCAUCGGGUGAGAUACCUGGAAGUAAGAAAAGCCAAUAAACUAAACAGGCUAGAUAAACAGCUAUAACGGUCUGUAAUCAUUGGUAACUUCCAGUAGGACAGCAUAGGAAUUCUAA